UUAAUCAGUAACAGUGUUACCUAAAAUUCUCAUCACUUUCAGUAUUGGAGCUUAUUUAGUGGUGCAUGGAAAGCAAUGCUAAAAUCUGAAAGCAUUGUUUGAAACAGAAGUAUUCAAAAUGGCAUUUACUGUUUUCUGGGGCUGGUUUGCACUUUUUUGUCUCUUCAAUCAAGGCCUCGUUUGGUGUCUUUGCAGAGAAGAAAAUUUAGAAAUUGAAGGAGGAACUUACACAUUGUCAAACGAGUUUGCAGAAGGCAGCUUACUCAAAUACCAAUGCGACCAAGAAGGAUACUACCCAUAUCCUCACUUGGUGCGUGUUUGUAGCCACAAUGGCGUAUGGGAACCUGCACCUAGAAGAUCGAAAUGUAGACCGGUGCAAUGCCCAGAUCCAACUGUUGUGGAAAAUGCCAAUGUCUGGCCCAGUGAAGAACGAUACAUUUAUCAAAAUGAGAUCAGAUACGAGUGCUAUGAGGGCUUUAAACUGUUUGGCCCCUCACAUCGCACUUGUUUGGAGACUGGGAAAUGGAGUGGUUCACAUCCUGUGUGCCGUCGCGACUCUGGAGACCAUUGCCCUGAUCCUGGAAUCCCCCCGGGUGGGUCUAAGACUGGUACCCUGUUUGAUAUAGGAGAGAAAGUGACUUACACGUGCAAUGACAACAAAAUGAUCUUGAUUGGCUCAGAGGAAAGAGUCUGCCAGGAAGAUGGUCUCUGGAGCGGCAAAGAGCCAACAUGCUACUACCAAUACACCUAUGACACCCCUCUCGAAGUUUCACAUGAAUUUGGUAGUGGAAUCAAAAACACUUUUGCAUCUUUACAGGCCGAAAUAAAUGUUACACAGGAAGGGAGAUCAAUCAAGUUAACCAAAAAUGGGACACUCAACAUCUACAUUGCAUUGGACAUCUCUUCGAGCAUCAGUUCAGAACACUUUGAAAAUUCCAGAAAAGCUGUAUUAGCGCUUAUUAACGCGAUUGCAUCCUUUUCAGUGACUCCUAAUUAUGACAUCAUCUUCUUCUCCUCAAAACCCAUUGAAAUUGUAAAUAUCUUGUCCUUUUUUGAUAAAAAUAAAAAGUCCAAUACAAUUUUGGCCGAUAUGGUACAACAGUUGAAAACAUUCAAGAUUCAAAGAAGCAACCAAGCUGGAACUAAUCUCAAUGCGGUCUUUGAGAAAAUUCGGGAGAAAAUGGCCAUUAUUAAACAACGACAACCUAACUUUAUAGAGCAUCAGCAUGUCAUCAUUGUGUUUACAGAUGGCGGAUAUAACAUGGGAGGCAAACCCCUUAGAACUGUUGAAGGUAUUAAGGCUGACAUUUUAAUGGGCCAACCAGAGAAAAGAGCAGAACAUCUUGAUAUUUAUAUUUUUGGCAUUGGAGCGCAAAUUUAUGAUGCCAACCUGAUGAAACUCACAGUUGGGCCAGAAAAACAGCGGCAUUACUUCAGAUUAAAAAAUGAGGAAGAACUGCAUGAAAUCUUUAAUGAGAUUAUAAAUGAAGAAGACAUAAUAGGCUUAUGCGGUCUCCAUAGAGAACAUGGCGAUAUGUAUAAUCUUGAGACAAAAAGGAAGAAAUAUCCCUGGGUCAUGUUUGUUUCUGUUAUGACCAAUGAGAAGACAUCAUAUUGCUUGGGCUCCUUGGUUUCUCCUCGUUUUGUAUUGACAGCAGCUCAUUGUUUCACAGUUGAUAAUUUAAUAGAAAAAAUCAAAGUGGAAAUAAAAGAUGGCCAGCAGCUAGAUGUUGCAAGAAUCCACAUGCAUCCAAAAUAUAAUAUAUCAGCCAAAAAGCAUCAGGACAUUGAGGAGUUUUAUGAUUAUGAUGUGGCUCUCGUCGAACUCCAAAAAGAUGUUGGCAUCUCUGUGAAAUUGAGACCAAUUUGCCUGCCAUGCACUGAGGAAACAAAUGGUGCAUUAAGACAAACUUUAACUUGUGAGCAGCAAGAACAGUUGCUGAUAACAAACAAUGAAAGAAUUAACUUUUUGACUAAGAAAAAUCUUGGGGAAAAAUAUGCCCACAUAAAGCUUGGUAAUAAUAGGGACUCCUGCAUAGUUAAAGCACUCAUGGCACCCGGCAUCAAAACCAACAACGUGACUGAGGCUGUGACCGAAAACUUCUUGUGCAGCGGAGGGGAAUUUCCAGCUGUAGACAAAAUAGCAUGCAGAGGUGACUCUGGAGGCGCUGUGUUUAAAAAUCACUUAAAUCGGACAAUACAAGUCGCCUUGGUCAGUUGGGGAAAUAAGGUCAUGGCCAGAUGUAAUCAGGAUGGAAUGGUGGACUCAGACAAAGAUUCAAGAGAUUUUCAUUUUAAUCUGUUCAAAGCUGUACCUUUUCUUAAAUCCAUUCUUGGCAAACCAGAUCAGAAUUAUGCACCAAUUGAAUUUGUGGACUAUGGUCAGUGUAUGAAAGUCAAGGGAGAUGUAGUUUGGUGCAACUGCUCAAUGAAUGGGAUGACGAUUCGAGGUACUAAUUUCAGUUUGACAAAUGGACUAAAUGUGGGCAGCAUUCUCCAAUACCAGUGUCCCACGGGCUACUACGCCUAUCCUGAACUUUCCUAUAGAUGUCAACUAAACCACCAGUGGACUCCUGAACCAGAAUCAAAACCAAGAUGCAAAAAGGUUGAAUGCCCAGAUCCAACGGUUCUCCAAAAUGGACAUACUUUGCCAAUAAAUGAAAAAAAUAAGUAUUAUUAUAAAAGCAAAAUUACUUAUCACUGCUACUCGGGAUACACUUUACAUGGUCCUUUCCGGCGCACGUGUUUGGUAAAUGGGAAAUGGAGUGGGCCAAAUCCAGUUUGUCGACAAGACUCAGGAGAUUGUGCUGAUCCUGGUGUCCCACCUGGUGGCAUGAGGUUCGGAAACAGCUUUGAAAUUGGAGAUAAAGUGAUUUUCAAAUGCAGAAGCAACAUGAUUUUGAUUGGCUCAGAGGAAAGAGAGUGUCAGAUAGAUGGCCAGUGGAGUGGAAGAGAGACAGCCUGCUACUACAAAUAUACAUAUGAUUCACCGUGGGAAGUUACAGAGGCAUUUGGUGGCGGGAUAAAAAAUUCCCUUACCUCAAAUUUAGUUAAUGAAACACAAAAAGGCCUGUCACUCACAUUAAGACGAGAAGGGACACUGAAUAUUUUCAUUGCAUUGGAUGUCUCUGAGAGCAUCGAUGAGGAUCAUUUCGAAAGUGCCAAAGAAGCAAUAAUAACGCUUAUUCGUAAGAUCGAAGUCUUCUCUGUGUAUCCAAACUAUGAAGUUAUUUUCUUCUCCUCCAAGAUCCACACAGCUAUUAACAUUCUUGAUUUCUAUGGGACUAACAAACCAUCAAUGGAGAAAUUAUUGAAGGAGCUUGAAAAGUAUAAACUAGAAGAAACAGACAAGGUUGGAACCAAUCUCAAUGCAGUUUUUGGAAAAAUUUUGGAAAAAAUGUCUGUUAUCAAGAGACGGACCUCAGACUUUACUGAACAUAAGCAUGUAAUCAUUUUGUUCACAGAUGGUGGUUAUAAUACCGGAGGUGCUCCAUCGGUUGAAAAAAUUAAGUCACUGGUUUAUAUGGAGCAACCACAGACAAGACAGGAACACCUUGACAUUUAUGUUUUUGGCAUCGGUGCUCAGAUUCACGAUGACAAUUUGAAACCUCUCACCGUUGGAACAGGCAAUUCACAUUAUUACAAACUCAGUAAUGUGGAAGAUUUACAGCAGACCUUUGAUGAGAUAAUUGAUGAGUCAGAUGUAAGGGGCUUAUGUGGGCUUCACCAAGACUAUGGCUAUCUGGAAGGCAAAGACAUAAGGAAAAAGUAUCCCUGGGUCAUUUAUAUCACAGUAUUGACUGAUGGAAAAUCAUCAUAUUGCCUUGGCUCUCUGGUUUCUCCUCGUUUCAUUUUAACAGCAGCCCAUUGCUUCAAAAAUAAAAACAGCAGUGUAACAGUGGAGGGGACAGAUGGCCCUACAUUAGAGGCUCAUCAUAUCCACAUACAUCCAAAUUACAACCUUUAUGCUAAAACUGACCAAAAUGUGACAGAGUUUUAUGACUAUGACGUGGCUCUCAUCGAACUUGUGGUAGAUGCUCCAAUCACCAUUUCACUGAGACCAAUCUGUAUUCCUUGCACAGUUGAGACUAAUACAGCAUUAAGACAGAAUUUAACCUGCAAAGAGCAAGAGAAUUUUCUUCUAAGGAACAAAGAACGAGUAACGUUUCUGACAAAAGGAAAGAAAGAUCAAGUUCAAGAAAAGCAAGCACGUGUGAAGCUAGGUGACGAUAGACUCGGGUGCAUCAUGAAAGCGAAGACGAAUCCUAAGAUUCCCCAAAACAUCACAGUGACAGAGGUUGUGACAGAUAACUUUCUCUGCACUGGAGGUCGACAUGAAUUUGUAGAUAAAAUAGCAUGCACAGGUGACUCUGGAGGUGCUCUGUUUAAGAAUUACAUGAGUCGCACAUUUCAGGUGGCACUGGUGAGUUGGGGCACCAAAUUAAUGCCGGAUUGCAAAUUUAAUAGACUUGUUGCUUCUGAUGAGGAUUCCAGAGACUUUCACAUUAAUCUUUUUAAAGUUGUGCCGUUUCUCAAAUCUAUUCUUGGGAAUGAAACAGCACCUUAUGUGCCACUUUUAUUUGUAGACUAGGCUACUUAUUACAAUUCAUAAUUUUCCAUAUUAACUGACUAUAUGCAUCUUGAAGCUAUUCCAUUUGAGUCCAUCCAAAGUUUGAGUCCAAAACUGUCGGAAAUGUAAAUGGGGAAAAAAAAAAAAUCUGGAAGAAAUUAAACAUCAAACAAUGCAUUAAAUAGGAAAUACAAUUACCACUGCUAAAUUAUGUCUAGCAAUAAAAAUACCAUAUAUUAUACCAGACAACUCUGAAAAUUCUUCAAGCUGCUAUUAUAAUAGUUCUUGUUUAAAAAUCCAAUCCUUGCAUUUUAAUAGCCUAUACAGUAUUUCUCAAGAAAACUUCAUGUACAUUUUUCAAAGUCUACUUACAAAAUUACUACUCCCAAAGUCUUUUAUGGCUCAGAACUCUGCUGAUGGUGCGAUUCCCUUGGGUCAGCCUCCCUGAUCUGGUCUACGCAAUGCAGGCUCUCCAUCUGGACACAUGCCAACACAGACUAUUCCAAUUGCAUUUGCUGGGCAUUUUUGUCUUGUGUAAUUAGGUUUGCUACCUCUUUCGAGCCUUCCGAUGGAAAUGAACUGAGUUUGUCAUUUAUUGUCAUUUUACAUACCAAAGAAAUGGUCUACAGAGGACUUAUAACAGAUGAUGUUAACACUGUAUGAUCUGCUCUUGAGGACUGUCAGCCUUUAACUUAAUGAAAAUAUAGAUAAAAAGCGAUUUUCCAAGCAAUGGCUAUUGGCUAAAUGUCAUAUAGCAGAGUGAAGAGGUGAAUUUUCAAGAUGGGUGUUCCCUGAUACCCCCAAUCUGUGAGGGCAAGGUCCCACGGGUGCACUCCUCUGGCUACUCACUAACUAACUAAUUGGGAUAAAUGGAGCCAGUGGAUGGAGUAGACGGUCUGUAUAAGAGGAAGGACUAAUGGGAGAGGGUCUAAUUGAAUGAACCCUUUGCUAUAGUGCGACGUCGUAAACAAAGAGGAAAUUUAAAACGGGAUUUAUUUGUUAUUGGAUCGGGGUGGAAGACUGGGUUACCUCUUUGUCUUAACUGUUAUUGUUGGGAGUGUUGACCCCAAUUUCCCGACUGCAUUUUCCAGCUCCCUGACUGAAACCACUUUGUUAUAGGUAAACUGAUUAGAGCAGCAGACAGUAUACAUAGGCUAAUGAAGAUACCCCGCCCACUACAGCUGCACACGCCCCUCUAUUCACUGUUAGCACACGCAGCAUAUUCCUGAUGAAGCAUCUCGCUGUUAAACUCAGCCUGAUCUGUCUCUCCUCCAGCUUUAAAUCAACCGUUAGGGCCAUUUUAGAAAUUACUACCAUUAAGAAGUGCAUACAUCCUCUCUUUCUCUUCAGUAGUGCUUAGAAAAGCUGAGACUCGUGCAUCACAGGCCACUGCUGAUCCGGCCUGAAGUAUGAAAUUAUGUAGACGAUACAAGAAGCUGUCACCAUUUAUAAGCAAUAUAUUUCAUACUGAAUGAUGUAUAGCACCUGUGAGCCAGACUACAGCAUGUUUAGAUUUGCGAUCAUUACAACCACUGUAAUGUUUUACGGCUAACAGAAUGCAGUGUUUUGGUGUUUGACAGCACCAAUAGUUGAUGUAACAAUCCAUGUUAAAGGCACACUGUGUAACUUUAAUGGAGGGGGGUCUGCCACCUGAAGAUGUUAUUGCUUUAAAAAUAUGUGCCAUUAAACUCUAUUUUGUAUUUGGUAUUUUAAUUGCAAAACAUAAUAUAAAACUAGUCAUACUUAUGAGCAGUGUCUCCUUAGAUCUGACCUGUAACAUAACCUGAUGGUGCCAGUUCAGUGCAACACUGUGGAUCAUUCCAAGGAAAUCUAUAACAUCCAUAAGCAGGUGGCCGGCCGUACACCAUAUGUGACCACAUAAGUUACAUAGUGCACCUUUAAAUAUACUAAUAUGGUGAUGAAAAUGUAUCAUGUCUGAUAUGAAAUUAAUGAUACUAAAUUACUUUUCAAAACAUAAAAGAUUUGUGUUGACUUGUGUUAUUGCAUAGUUGAAAACGCCUGACAAUAAAUGAUGAACAUGCA